CUUGGUUUCCACCAACAAGUUCAACUAACUCCAUGUUUAGCUACCCCGUUUGUUGGGUCCAGCCAGCUCUGCAUAACAAGGAGCAGAAAGUCCUGAGCCUCUAACUGUUCUUCUCUCCCUCACAGUCAUGGCCUGCCCCAGUUUUGACGGCAUGGAGCUGCUCGAUCUCCUCUUUGACAGGAAGGAUGGAGUCCUCCGCAAUGUGGAGCUGGGAUCCUCAGAGGCCCUUUGGAUGGCACAGGAAGAGAGAGAUUUGCUGAAUACUCAGGAGAAUGACGAUUUCAUCAACUCUGUCCUGGGAGGUACAAACACUGUCUUAGAUUCUCCAAGCUGGUCUCCAGCUGCCAGUGACAGCGGUAUAUCUGAGGAUCCAAAUUCUGAUCAGCUGGACAGCCCCCCACAUUAUGUUCCAGCUGGAAGCCCGGGGGCCUACUCAGAUGGAAGCUCAUUCAUGGACCUGGCCUAUGCCCCCCGUCCGGAGUCCUGCCAAGCGUUGCCUGUCCUAAAAGGACCAGUCACUGAGCUGAGAGAGAUGGAAGUGUCCAUAGACUUUGAUAUGUGGGCUGCUGGAUUUUAUCCAGAGGAGAGGCAAGUACUAAAUGCCACCCAUCAGAAUCCACCCUCCUGCACAUUAACUAUUAAGGACCUCCUUCUUUCAAACAACUCUGAAAUGCCCGUGAAUCCAUCAGUGAUGAGGCAGACCCCAGGGACUUGCCAGGAGCUGGUGCUGACUGAGGAUGAGAAAAAAUUGUUGACCAAGGAAGGUGUGACACUUUCAACUCAGCUCCCUCUCACCAAGUAUGAGGAGCGCGUUCUCAAGAAGAUCCGCAGGAAGAUCCGCAACAAACAGUCUGCCCAAGAAAGUCGUAAGAAGCGGAAGGAAUACAUCGACGGUUUGGAAAGCCGGAUGUCGGCUUGCACGGCUCAGAACCAGGAGCUACAGCGGAAGGUAGUUCACCUGGAGAAGCAGAACUUGUCUCUUCUGCAGCAGCUAAAGAAGCUCCAGGUUAUAGUGAUGCAGUCCAGCAGCAAGGCGGCACAAACAAGCACAUGUGUUGCGGUCUUGCUGCUGUCUUUCUCACUGAUCAUCUUUCCGUCCAUCGGCCCUUUCACCCGCAACAAAACCGAGACGGGGGGUGACUUCGUACCUGUGCGAGUUUUUUCUAGGUCCCUCCACAAUGAUGCAUCUUCUAGAAUUGUCAAUUCCCUGGGCAAGGAUGCUGAGCAGAGGGCCUGGGAGGCCAAGGAGCGCCUCUGGAUGGAGCAAGCUCACCCACCUCACCGCAAGGACGAUGCCCCCAGCACCUUGAUCAGAGACCCCGUGCUCUCGGGGCUUCAGAAGGAUGGGGAGACCCUGCCAAGCAACUACACGGAGGUUUUCCCAGAAGGCAGACCUGCACAUUUGGAAGGACUCCGGCCUAGCGAUCUCCCUCCAGGCCAAAAUCUGGCGCCGGUGGCAUGGACUGAAUCUGACCAGCCCGGAAAGGGGGUCUUGGAACAGACUGAGGAGCUGUGACCUUCCGUUCAGCUGCUUCCCCCCCCUCGCCUGGCAUUUGGGGACUAAACCAAGAUGGGGAAGGGGAGGCUGUGACUGUGUGUGUGCAGCAGCUGUGCAGCUCUCCUAUUCGGUGGGAGGGCAAGGUGUGGAAGAGAAUCACUGUGCGAGAGAGCAAGGGGGCCGAAUCCUCUUGGGUUGUUUGAGGUCCGCCUGAGAAAGACAGGCUGAGCCCUGGUUCUCCUCUUCCAUUUUUAAAUCCGGGGGAAUUCUCCGGGAUGGGGGUCUCAGCAGGUCUAUAGCUGGGAGGGAGGCCUCAAGACUCGUUGCAAAGAUCCCCCCCACCCCAUCAGAACUAGGGGUGUUCAGUGUUCAUUAUAGGGAGAAGGCACGGAGCUUGAAAUCUGGAUUUUCCCGGGCCCUUUGACUUCUGAGAUUUCUGUUCCAUCUUUUCCAGGCGUUAUCGUUUGCGGCGAUUGUGAGUGGAAACUUGUUCUUUUGUUUUUUUUGUAAGGGGGGAGGAGGAGAGUGAAAGCUAAAAUGUACGGUUACAUCUCGCAGGUUUUCUGGGGCUUACCUGCAGGAUUGUAGUGCAAGCAGGGUCUGAAGAACAACCCUUCUCUUGCAGGGUUAGAGUCCAAAAACGGACCAAAGGUUCAUCUAAUUCAGCGACUGCUAUCUUUUUUUAAAAACUUAUUUGAAACAUGAAGAUAAAAUGUAAUCUGUGCCUCUGUAUGAAACUGAUAAUGAAUGCAGAACGGGAUGGGUUUUCUUCCCCUGUUCGGGUGGUUUAUGCUGAGUCUUGCACGUCUGAUUAUGUAAGAAAGAGCUGGUCUUCAGGCAAGCUUGAAACAGCUUUGGAAGGCAUCUGUUCAGAUUAUUUUCUUCGCGUUUCGUGAACUCCUGCUUUCGGCCCCCACGGUUUGGCUGCUUUCCGUUUUAAGGUGUCAAGCGUGUUGUGGUUUGUUAUACAUGUGACUGCUUCCUAGGAUGAAAUCCAAGUAUCAAAGCCAGCUCAGAAGUUUCGCUGUCUCAGAAGUCCUCCUAGUCCUAAAUUCCUGAUUAUUUUGAGGACACAACAGCAGGUCUAUUGGAUCCAGGGUGCAAGGCUCCAGAUGGACACAAGGUGGCAGCAAAACCCCAAUAUUUUCAGUAUCUCUUCCCUGCCCUCUAGUGGCUGAUUACAUUUGUUGCAACCCAAGUCUGGCAGCUGGGAACAACCGUGGCUUAAGUCUCCAUCCUGAACCCCUUCCUUAAAGAUCCUUUCCUGGCACUGGUUUAAGGGGCUCAUCCAGAGCCACCUUAUUCUCCUGGCUUUCUUGGUUGGAUAGAAUCCCUUCCCCAUUCCCAGGCUUGAGGUAUAACUGAGAGGUGUGUAUAGAUCCAUUUUGGAAUAAACCUUGGAAACGGGACACUUUAAUUGCAAGUGUGAUCCAGCAAAACUAAGGAAAAGGUUCCUGGUAGCAGGAAUGUGGGGACCCAGAGCCUUGAUCUGGAACAAGUAGGAGCAGGGGAGUCCACUGGGUAUGGUAAAAAAAAAACCAAGAUGGCAGGUGAAUGGGUGGAGCUUCAUUCACACCGUCAUCACCAUCUUGACUUUUUUGACCAUAUCCUGCGGUCAGCCCUGGGGAGAUGCUGGGAACUGCUGAGCUGACUUUGAAGGGGCGGUGGGAGGAUUGGGGUCAAAAAUUGAGGCGUGAACGCCUUUGCCGCUGAAAUAUGAGCAGCUGGAAAAUGAAGACCUGAACUAAUACGUUACCCAUUACAUGUACAAUAAAUGAUUUGAGUUAAAA